AUGGCUUUACGACCAUCGCUCAUUACACGAGGAAUUUCCACAUCCGGGCCAAACGAUACUGGAUCUCCUGCUCGCGACGAUGCAAAAAAGAAUAUGCUAAAAGCAAUGCGUCCAUUGCCGACGCAACAUUGUUGGGAUAUAUAUUUCGAUAGACAACAGAAGGAUCAAAAGCCUGCCGCAGAUGGAAGUUAUACUGCUACCCUUGACAAGCUUCCUACACAAGUCGAAUCGAUUCAGGAUUUUUGGCGUUAUUGCAACAAUACCCCGUUCGAUCAGAUUAAAAUGAGAGAGUCGAUUUACUUAUUCAAACAAGGGUUCCAACCAGUUUGGGAGGAUAGAAGAAAUAUCAAUGGAGGUAGUUGGACAUUUAGGGUCCCUAAGCAAAAUGGUCCGGACUUUUUCACCAGAGUUCAAUUGAUGGCUAUUGGAGAGAAGCUUCAAGGCUGUUUAGAAUCAGGCGAUCAGCUUUGUGGUGUUGGACUCUCCGUUCGUUUCAAUUCUCACCUUAUCUCAAUCUGGCACCGUGAUGCCUCGAAACAGAAAUCCAUCGAUGCUUUACUCGCUACAGUAAUGGAGGAACUUCCCCAAGAACUGAAACCUAAGCCCGACAACUUCUUCUACAAGAAACACUCAGAUCACGCCGGAUUCAAAGCUCCACCAGCGGAAAGUACAUCCGAGUCCGCACAGACUGAGUCUCCUGCAUCUAAAAUUCAGACGGAGGUUCCAGCGGUUUAG